CGCGGCCGCGUACGUGAGCGCAGUGUCCCGGAGAGGGAGGGCAGGCCGGCCAGGAAAGAGAGCAGCAUGGCCAGUGUGCUGUCCCGGCGCCUUGGAAAACGGUCCCUCCUGGGAGCCCGGGUGUUGGGGCCGCCCGGGGCUGCCCCACCUUCGGAGCCGCAGGCGGAGCUGCUGGAUGGGGUGGCUCCCCAGCCCUUCUUCACCUCUAAGGACACUUCCUGUCAGGAGCAGCCCAAGGACGUCCUCAAGGCUCCCAGCACCUCGGGCCUCCAGCAGGUGGCCUUUCAGCCUGGGCAGAAGGUGUAUGUGUGGUACGGGGGGCAGGAGUGCACAGGACUGGUGGAGCAGCAUAGCUGGGCAGAGGACAAGGUGACGGUCUGGCUGUUGGACCAGAAGUUACAGAUCUGCUGCAGAGCGGAGGAGGUGUGGCCGGCCGAGCUGCAGGGCCCCCUCCCCCAGGGGCCACUUCCGGAGCCGGGAACCCAGGCGCAAGCCUACAGGCCUGUCUCCAGGAACAUCGACGUCCCGAAAAGGAAGUCCGAGGCAGUGGAAAUGGACGAGAUGAUGGCGGCCAUGGUGCUGACGUCCCUGUCCUGCAGCCCGGUCGUGCAGAGUCCUCCUGGGGCCGAGGCCAACUUCUCUGCUUCCCGUGCGGCCUGUGACCCGUGGAAGGAGAGCGGCGACGUGUCCGACAGCGGCAGCAGCACCACCAGCGGGCACUGGAGUGCGAGCAGCGGCGUUUCCACCCCCUCGCCCCCCCACCCCCAGGCCAGCCCCAAGUAUCUGGGGGACGCCUUUGGUUCUCCCCAAACUGAUCCUGGAUUUGAAACGGAUCCGGACGCUUUCCUGUUGGAUGAACCAGCUCCACGUAAAAGAAAGAACUCGGUGAAGGUGAUGUACAAGUGCCUGUGGCCAAACUGCGGCAAAGUCCUGCGCUCCAUUGUGGGCAUCAAGCGACACGUGAAAGCCCAGCAUCUGGGGGACUCUGUGGACUCCGACCAGUUCAAGCGGGAGGAGGAUUUCUACUACACAGAAGUGCAGAUGAAGGAGGAAGCUGCUGCUGCUGGCGCCCCCACCGCUGACUCAGCCCCCACCCCCGGCGUGACCAGCCCGCCCCUCGCCAUUCUUCCACCACCUCCUCCCAAAGGCCAGCCCUCGGGCCCAGAGCACCCCGGCCUGGAAUCCUACCUGCCCUCCGGUGCUCUGAGCAAGUCAGCUCCCGGCUCCUUCUGGCACAUUCAGGCCGACCAUGCAUACCAGGCCCUGCCGUCCUUUCAGAUCCCCGUCUCACCGCACAUCUACACCAGUAUUAGCUGGGCCGCCGCCCCCUCCACGGCCUCCUCCUUCACUCCGGUCCGGAGCAGGUCGCUAAGCUUCAGCGAGCCCCAGCAGCCACCACCUGCCGUGAAAUCUCACCUGAUUGUCACGUCUCCACCCCGGGCCCAGAGCAGCACCAGGAAGGCCCGCGGGGAGGCUAAGAAGUGCCGCAAAGUGUACGGCAUUGAGCACCGGGACCAGUGGUGCACGGCCUGCCGCUGGAAGAAGGCCUGCCAGCGCUUCCUGGACUGAACCGCCCGGCCGGCUCCUCCUCGCUGCCCCUGGCCCCACGGCAGCCAGAUGACGCAAGGCAGACCCGCGAGCCCGCAGCAGACACCUACAGAUACAGCGUGGACACUGGGAGUGUGGGCUCUCUUGGCAGAGGUUUAAUACUUAAGCCCUUUUUCCCCUCCCUUGCGGGAACAUUUUAUUUUUUAAAAAGAGAAACGAACCUAUUC